GCGGCCUCGACACACAGAAGCAACAAGCCCAAACAUCCCAUGUCCCGGCCCCCGUAUAUUAUUGAAGGCCUGUAUUAGUAUAUACAGGGGAUCGGGCGAUCAAUGUGGGGUGGUCCACGAUGUCACGAUGCUACAUUAACCGUAUCUCGUCCAUCUUUCGACGGCGAAGGGGCCGGUCGCAACUCGCAAGGCAUAUGGCGGUUCCUCCGGGACUGUUCCGGCCACAUCCAUCAUCCACGGCCCAGGCUGACAUUUCGUAUUGGCGAAUGGUGAGGUUGGAUUCAGACAUGACGAGGGAGGAAGGAAGACUGGCGGCGGGGAAUUUUGCUUGGGUUGCAACCCAGCAUCUUGAAUGGGCAAAGCCACCAAGCAGCACGCGUCCCGCGAGUCCCGGAAUUCAUGGUUUUCAUUUCCAGCCGACCGAACCAAACGACGAUUCUCUGACUUGCCGCAUAACGGCCCGCUCUGCAUCUGGGCACCAUUGCCGAAAUUGGCCUAUUCCGAUCUGCAUCGCCUUGGAAUCAGCCACUAGUGUACAUAUUUGUCGGUUGUCCACGCAUUUCCUGGCAAGCGAAGCUCAGCAUCUGGCAAUCAGGAUCCUGAUGUUCUGCAGGUUCGUGACUGCAGUGUGUUUGAAUAGGUCCUUUGAAAUUACGGAUACUUUAGUCUGUAAUCAUUAGACAGCCUCGCUUGGUAAUGUACUGUACAUACACGGCAGUCCCAAAGCCUUGGCACUGGAGCCGGUGGAGAGCUACACUAAAGAUGCAAACGUGGGGAACCUCGUUCAUCCCAUCAGCCC